AGACCCAUGGCAACGGCACUCCCAGCACCUCCUGACUACUCCCUGCGGGACGGCUGGGUGUGAGGGUGACAGUCUUGUGCUCAGGCCAAGGCUGGGCUGGAGGAUGGAGAAGGACACGGGGACCACACACAGGAGGCACCAGCCCGGCCCCAGGGCCCUGCCCUCAGGAGUGGCCCUUUGGCACCUCAAGGCAGCCAGCGAGCCCUCUGAACUUCAGCGAAGCAGGAGUCUGGGAGGCCUGCAGCCCAAGAGGGACCCUCCCAGCCGCCCUAGGAAGCCUCGCAAGGAGCUGGAGUCCAAAGAUCAAGGGAAAGACCCAAGCAGUAACGCGGAAGAUGCCAGCUGUCAGGAAAACCUAGCACAAGACAAGAAGAAAAGCUUCGGCACCCUUGGGAAGCUGGGUCAUGAGAAUGGAAAACGAGACCCAGAGAGGGAGAAGAGCGACUCAGAGUCCAGCAUGCAGGAGGCGCAGGAAGGCGAGCACGCAGACGGAGGCUCGCAGGAGGCCAAGGAACAGGAGGCAGAGUCCACAAAGCUAAAUGACCUUCAGGAAAAAGAGAGCUGGCCAUGGAUACCUCACAGUCCAUACUGCCAUCAGCUCUGCCCAGCGUCCCAAGAGCCCUUGUUCAGCAUUGCCAGGAUCUGGGGGCCUGAUGGUCAUCAUCAGGGUCUGCCCCGGCUGCCCCAAGAACCAGGAGCCACUGUUUCUCCCAGGGAAUCAACAUUCCUCUCCAGCUCACCCAAGCCUGCCAUCCACACCUCUGUGGUUUCCAUUCGCAGAAAGCAUCUGUGUUUGUGGAGAUUGAUCUGGGAGACCAUGCUGAGGAGGUGGUCACCGAUAUCAAGAAGGAAGAGAAGCCGUCCCAGAUGGAUGUGGGAGAUCUGUCAGAAGACGAGGUGCAGACCAGCUGGGUGUGCUGCAUCCCGUUCUCCACCAGGAAGAGGGCGAAGGAGAGCACCUAGCGCCCCGGAGAGGGUGCUCAGAGCUUGGCGAAGAAGAGGAAGGAGGCAGGGCCUGGAAGGAGCGGGCACACAAACUGCGCCUUUGGGCUAAAGAUCCCGCCAGCCCUGAGCAAUGCCGGGGCGCCGAUGACCACACCAGGUGUGAGCCACGCCUGAAGCCCACUGCCCACUGGGUGAGUGAUGAUGUGACCUUAAACAAACAAUAAACAAGCACGGGAAGAUGCUCCUCCUCUCCACCAAA